GGGGCAAAACUCACUUAACAAAUGUUUCAUUUAACAACAUAAAUUUUAGUCUCAUUGUGGUCGUAACUGGAGGAGUACCUGUAAUUAAGGCAGAGAAUUAUGACAACUGCAAGAGUUAAAAGCUGUCUUUUCUUUUUCUUUUUUUUCAGAUAUGAAUGAGUGUAAGAAAUGUUCAGACAAAGAUUAUGCAAAUGAGAAUCAAGAUUUCUGUUACCCUAAGAUUAUAACUUUUUUAUCUUACAAAGAACCUUUGGGAAUUACUUUUACCUUCCUGGCUUUUCUCUUUUUUUCAAUGACAGCUCUAGUGCUUGGCAUAUUUAUGACACAUCACCAUACUCCCAUUGUCAGAGCCAACAAUCAGAGUCUUACCUACACUCUCCUCAUCUCCCUCCUGCUCAGCUUCCUUUGCACAUUGCUAUUCAUUGGGAAACCAGGAAAAGUGGUCUGUCUUCUCCAACAAACAGCCUUGGGAAUCAUCUUUUCAGUGGCUGUUUCUUGUGUACUGGCCAAAACCAUCACAGUGGUUCUGGCUUUCAUGGCCACCAAACCAGGAUCCAGGAUGAGGAAAUGGCUGGGGAAAAGACUGGCCAGCUCCAUUGUUCUUUCCUGCUUCCUUAUUCAAGCAGGCCUCUGCAUUGGAUGGUUGACAAUUUCUCCCCCAUUUCCAGAUAUGGAUAUGCAUUCAGUGGCUGAAGAAAUUGUACUGCAUUGCAGUACAGGUUCUAUGAUUAUGUUUUACUCUGUGUUGGGCUAUCUGGGUUUCCUGGCCAUUAUCAGUUUUGCUGUGGCUUUUUUUGCCAGGAAGUUACCAGAUACUUUUAAUGAAGCCAAGUUCAUCACUUUCAGUAUGUUGGUCUUUUGUAGUGUUUGGCUUUCUUUUAUUCCAACCUACCUGAGUUCCAAGGGAAAAUAUACAGUUGCUGUGGAGAUCUUUUCUAUCUUAGCCUCCAGUGCUGGACUGCUAGGUUGUAUCUUUUUUCCAAAAUGUUAUAUCAUUGUGUUAAGGCCUAAAUUGAACAAGGUGCAAAUAAUGAGAAAAAAAUAUUGAAGAAUUUAAUCCUAUUCCUUAUCAGAAGCUACCCUUCUUUUUAAUCUUGAACUGUCUCAAUAGUUUCUUAAGAUAUUCUCAAGUAGACUUUCUGGAAAUCUCAAUAUCUUCCCUAGUCAAAAAACUGAAUAAAGAUUUGCCAAAAUAAAAACAAGAAAGGAUUUUUCCCCUGCUUAUUUUCAGAAUCUCUUAAUAAAUCUCAUAUGCUACUGUUCUUUUAAUUUUGGGCAUUGAAUUCUUCAAGUUGCAUUACUGUUGACAAAGAAAGAUUAAUUAUUUGAACAUGUAUGUGAUAGCACAAUCUCAUCUAAAGACAAGCAGCAGCAAUAAACUGUCUUUAUUCAGAACAAACAUGGAUAUAACAAGUUCAUUGUAUGCUACUCUCUAUCCACAUAAUAAAGAGAAUGACUUCUUGAACUAUUAAUUUAAAGUCAUGACAUUUCUUUCAAACAGCACCUGUCCCAAAUCUAGGUCACAAAACAAUUGGCCAAAGUAACAGACAUAUUCUGUAGCUGAUAAUAGACAUAAACCUACAUCUCCCUGAUUUUAGACAUAUGUGUUUAUCAUUAAGGUUCUGAUCAGUUUCAAUGGGUGAUCUAGUUUGACAAAGUUUCAGCCUCUUUCUGUCUCUCUCUCUCACACACGCAUGCGCGAUAGAAAUAUAGAGAUAUAAAAUAUAGACAUGUAGAAAUAUAGAGCUAUAGAGAUGUAUAUCAGUUCCAUAUAUAAAGAAAACUGGAGGGACCUGAGUGAUGGGCAUUCUAACAUUGACAUGAGCAGUCCACCAGUGAGAGUUCUCAUCUUGUUAAACUUUCCUAACAGACUUGUUUGGGUCAAGCAAGACUAAGAUAAAUUUGGGUUUUAUUUAUUGUUAUUUCUAAAAAGUGUAAAUGUGGCCAACUAUGAGCUUACCUUUGCUUUCUCUUAUAUGACAAUUCUACAUUGGAGUAGCCUACACAGCCGUGAGAACAACUUAGCUCUUAACAUUCUAUAUAUCUAGUCAACAUCAAAUGACUAUUUCCUAGAACAUCAUAACUUUAGGAUAUUGCAAAGACAUAUAAUUUAACACAGUGUUACUUUGGUUGCAUAUCCAACAACACAAUGAUUUACUCAUUCCUUUUCUUUAUAAACAACUUCGCAAAAGUACUCUGCUAAAAGUAUUAGUGAAGCAAAACUUUUCACAGCCGUAGUUCACCUAAUUUGAGGAUCCUUUCACUGCAAUGCCUUUGGGCCACUCAGUAGAAUAAUUCUGGGGUUCUACCAGCCUAAAUUGAAACUAAUGUGCACUUAGGGGAAAGAAUACAUUUGUUCUUUAUUAUUGUUGCAAUAUGAACUAUCCAGAACUAAAAAUGUUAUUUAUUUCCCAGACCAUAUUAAAGGGGGAAGGGGAGAAAAGAAUACAGUCCUAUCUGAUGACCUUCAGUGACAUCAAUCAACUAAAAUAGUGCUUAUAAGUUACUGAGAAGCAAUGCAAGACUUGUGGAACUUCAGUUUUACACAUUUUUUAAAAACUGCAUUUAAACAACAUGCUUGGCUUUACAGUGCAACAUGAUUAUUCUUCUAAAAUAAAUUUUUCCUUCUUAGUUCCAAAUACUUAUGGUAAAUUUUUAUAGAUAGCCUCUUUUUACUGACAUUAAUUUGGAAUUUCUUCCAACUCAUGAAUUUACAGACAGGCCAUAACACGUUGGUUUUAUGUCUGCAUGAUUUACAGAGUAUUGCUAUAAUGACAGGGUGCAACUGCAUGUGUAAUGGUAUACAGUGGUACCUCUUUACACAUUAAUUGGUUCCAGGAAGUGCGAUGAAUAUUUAAAAGGACAAGUCCCAAACAAACUAUGUGAAUUACCAUGUGACCCUUUGUUUUGGCUGGAAAUAACUUCUGUCUCUCCCUUUUUUUAUAUCAGCAACCUUCCCAGCAUGGCCAACUUCCUGUCCACCCUCUGAGGCUGUUCCCGGCCUUUUGUAGCAACCUCACAGCUGCCCCUGCCCUCUUCCUAUUACAACAU